AUGUUCAAAAAUAUUUACAACUGUCGUGCCCUCGCUCAGCGGCCGCGUCUUACGUCACAAAGAUGGAUGAGUAGCAGGCCGACUUACAACUCGUGGCACCCCCAACCGGACGCUGACGGAUGGUACGAUGGACGGAAACACCCGAGACGACUAGAAGAUUUCGACAGCGGGAAGACUCGCCCAAGAGAGGACCAGCGCAGCCGGGGCGCCAGGCCUCCAACGCCUCCGCUUCCCCGGUCAGUUGCACCCAUUAGACGGACCGACGACUUCAACUCAAGAAGCUCCAGGGUCGUGCCCCGGGACGAUCGUGGGCGGGAUGAGAGGUUUUCAACGUCACUACCGAGAAGGAGCCCUCCCCGGCCGAGGAGGUUGUCUAGGGACGUCCCCCAGGUACCCAAGAGGAAGGGAGGUGGUUUUGUACUGAUGCCAAAACUAUCUCAAGAGGAACUGGACAAGAUCAGCAACCCCAACGACGUCUGGGAAGCCAGGUCACUCUAUUUCGUUCCGCCAAAGAGGUCAAAGGAACAUCAGCAACCCAUACAACUACCCAAACCGCUAAAACCUGAGCCGCGUCGAAGAGACCGCGACGCCGGCAUCGCCAGCGCAGACUCCAUCAAGGCAGCGAUCCAAGCCCCAGCAAAAACCCGCGCGAAGCAGCCCCGGCCCCCGCCCCCGCCAGAGAUCGAGCUCGAGGGCGACGGCGGCACAAUCGUCGCGGACCCCGUCAACGACCUCCCGCACGCCCUCGCCGCCAAGUUCUUCCUCUCCCCGCCCGCGACCUUUCUCUACUCGGCCUUCCGCCUCAAGCACCACCCCAUCAACACUACGACGCCCGAAAUCUGCGUUGUCGGCGCCAGCAACUGCGGCAAGUCGUCAUUCAUCAACGCGCUCACCGGCGCGGCGUCGCUCGCCAAGGUCAGCGACCGCGCGGGCAAGACCGUCUCCAUGAACGCGUACGGCGUGGGACCGCUGACGGGCCUUCCGUUUCGGAAACCUGUGGCCUCCACCGCUGCCUCCUCGGGCGCAGGCGGCGGCGUCGUCACAAAGGAAGAGAAGCCGGAGCACGGCAUCAUUCUCGUCGACACGCCAGGGUACGGCUACGCCUCGCACGAGGAGUGGGGUCACGAGAUCGUCGAGUAUAUCAACAAGCGCACCAUGCUCCGCGGCAUCGUCCUCCUCUUGUCAUCCGAAAAGAAAGUGUCGGAAAAGGACGCGCAGAUUGUCAAGCUCCUCGCCGACGCGGGGCGGCCCGUCAUGCUGGUGUUUACAAAGAUGGAUAAGGCCCUCUCCCGUAAGGCGCGCGAGGAGGGCGGCAUCGCGCAGCGGCUGCGGGAGGCGGAGCGGUGCUUCGCGCGGACGGGGUGGAGCGGGUGGGUAAGGCGGGUGUACAUCACGGCGGCGGGGAUGGAGCGCGACAAGAGCUGGAAGGUUGACGGGACGAGGAGUGCGGCGGGGAUGGCGGGCGUCCGGAUGGGGGUUCUCGAGCUUGCAGGGGUGAGGGAGUUCGUCGCGCCUGAGAGGGUCAAGAUGUUGGCCGCUCAGCAAAAGUCAUCACAAAAGUCGCAAAAGGUCCAGGAGGGCGGCGGGGCGGGUGAGGAUGAGAAGAGGCUGGAGCCGGGCAAGGCUUUGGAGAGCGAUCCGGCGGCGUGGUCUGGGGAUGUGGUUUCGUUUGAGGAGCUGGAGAAGAAGUUUGGGGACUGGACUUCUUGA